AUGUCUUCCUUAAGUGGGAAAGUCCAAACUGUUCUGGGCCUUGCGGGGCCAAGCGAACUGGGCCGCAUCCUGACCCACGAACACUUGACAAUGACUUUUGACUGCUCUUACUACCCACCUCCUCCGUGCCGUGAAGUGAUCUCCAAUGAACCUAUUACAAUGAAAACUUUAUUUUGGAUCCAGAAAAACCCUUAUUCCCAUAGAGAGAAUCUGCAGUUGAAUCAGGACACGGAAGCCAUCAAGGAAGAAUUGUUGGAUUUUAAAGCCAAAGGUGGAGGAGCUUUGGUGGAAAACACAACCACUAGGAUCAGCUGAGAUGUGCAGACCUUGAAGCGGAUUUUGCAGAAGAGACUGGCGUCCACAUCAACAUCCGGAACUGGGUUUUAUGUGGAUGCAACUCACUCUUCAGAGACCAGAGCCAUGUCAGUGGAGCAGCUUGCUGAUGUCCUUGUUAAUGAAAUUCUCCAUGGAGCUGAUGGAACCAGUGUCAAGUGUGACAUUAUUGGGGAAACUGGUUGCUCCUGGCCUCUGACUGAGAGUGAAAGAAAGGUUCUACAGGCAAUAGCUCACGCUCAGGCUCAGCUUGGCUGUCCUGUUAUUAUUCACCCGGGAAGGAAUCGAAGUGCAUCAUUUCAGAUUAUCCGAGUGCUGCAGGAAGCUGGAGCAGACACCUCCAAAACAGUUAUGUCACACCUUGAUAGGGUACGUCUUCUGGUGGAUGAGGGCUAUGAAGAUCGAAUUCUGAUGGCACAUGACAUACAUACGAAGCAUCGGCUGACGAAAUACGGAGGUCACGGCUAUUCUCAUAUACUUACCAACAUUGUUCCUAGAAUGCUGUUUAGAGGUAUAACUGAGGCUGCACUUGGUAAGAUACUGAUAGAGACCCCCAAGCAAUGGCUAACUUUCAAAUAG